CCAAAUUGGAAUAUCAGGUCGAUACGGCUUCGAUUGAAACGUCUCGAACGAUUCAGUCGUCUUGGAAAACAAUAACACGAGUGAGAAUUUGGAUGGGUCAUGGCCCAGACGAUUUCCAUGAGUCUUGGUUGUCUCGACAAAUUCAUCAUCGAUUUAUCUCGGCUGUCACUAAUCCGUUCAUACAUUGAAGAUAAUGGAUGGAGCCGAUGGAGGUAAUGAUCGAUUUCUGACACCCAUGUCUUAUGAAGAAAAGAUAUUAGCCAAGGAAAAUAUAGAACUAAUAUCAGGAAAAGAUGUCAAAGAGGAAUCAUUGGACAAAAAUGUCUUGUUCCGUAACAUUUUUAAAUGUYUACGAUGUGAACUAACUUUUGAGGAUGAACACCAAUUACAUAAUUGUAUAGCAUUGCCUCUUAACAUAAAUAAACAAAAGAAAUUAAAGCGAGUGUUCAAGUGUUCUCUAUGUGAUAAACACUAUCUCUUUCCAUCAUUAGCCAUGCUCCAUUUGAAACGCCAUCAAAAAAACUUAGAAAAUAAAAUAGAGAACAUAUGUAAUAUUUGCAAGGUUAAAUUUGAAUCUUCAAAAGAAUUAAAAAGUCACUUUGAAGUGGAACACAAUAUUAUUCAAUUUCAAUGUAAUAUUUGUGAUAAGUUAUUCAAACAAGCCAGGAAUUUACAAUAUCACCUGAUGAGUCAUUCAGGUGACAAACCAUUUCAGUGUGAGUUGUGUGGACACAAAUUUACCAGGGCCGAUCAUUUGGUUAGACAUCGAAGGGAUAAUUGUGAUCAAAUGGAAUUUGAAUGUGAUUUAUGUGGAAAAAUUUACAAUACUAAAAGAGGUAUUAGAACGCAUUUGAAAGUACACUAUGACAGUCCAAAGCCUGGUACCCUAUGGGCGUUGUAUACAGAAUCUGGACAAAAAUAUUAUGAGUGCACAUUAUGUAAUAAAACGUUUACUCAAUUUUCCAGAUUCAAGGAACAUAUACGAACGCAUACUGGUGAAAAACCUUUUGAGUGUCAAAUUUGUAAUAAAAAGUUUACUUGCCAUUAUAAACUUAAAAUGCAUGGUGAUGUGCAUACAAAUGAUAGACCAUUCAAAUGCAAUUAUUGUGAGCUCAGUUUCAAAAAUCGAAGAUAUCUUAAUAAGCACAUGCGCAAACAUGAUGGAAUCAAAAAAUAUCAAUGUAAAAUUUGCAAUAAAGAGUUUCAAUGGUAUAAUAGUCUGAAAUACCAUAUGGUGUCACACUCUGGUGAUAAGCCAUAUGUAUGUAUAGAAUGCAAUAAGUCUUAUUCUCAUCUUAGUACCUUAGUAGCUCACCAGCGGACUCAUAKUGGGGAAAAAAAUUAUGAAUGCUAUGUUUGCAAUAAAAAAUUUAGACAUUCUAAUACAUUAAAAAAUCACGUAAUCACUCAUAGUGAAGAUAAGCCAUUCAAGUGCCAUCUGUGUCCAGCUCAGGUUGCUACAUGUGCAUCGCUGAAAAUUCACUUGAAUACACAUGGUGGAGAUUAUCAAUGCAGUUUCUGUGGCAGUACUUUUUUCCAACUAUCCAAUCUAAAGUCUCAUGAACGUAAGGUGCAUUGCAAAACAAAUUUCUAUGAUUGUGGAAUUAGUGAAGAAAAAUUAACUUCAAAAUCACGAAUGAAAGAGCAUUUAAGACAUGAUCAUCACAUUCAGUUCACAAAAACUGUCACUGUGUAUGAUGUUGAAUUUAUACAAGGUCUCUGUAAAGAUUCAUAAUAUUGUAUUAAUGUAAUAAUUUAAUUUAUAAUUAUGAAAAGUAUUUAAAAUAUGUUUAUGACCAAUUAUUAGUGGUAUUUUUAAAUGUUAUAUUGUUUCACGUUCUGUUGUAAGAUUAGAAAGUUGGUCAUUAUAGUUUUUAUACCUUUAUCUUUUUGUGAGAGUUGACUUGAUAAUAAUGUAGUCAUAUGAGAUAUAUGAGAUAAUCAUAAAUGUUAAAUGUAUAGUUAUGAAGUUAUAAAUUAAUUGAACAUUUUUAUCUUUCAAGUUGUGUCAUUUUAAAAAUUGUUUUAAAUAAUAUUAUGUAACUACCUAUUGGUUAUUUUACCGAGUUUUAUUGUAACUUACAAUUGUGUAAUAUCAAUAAAGUAAAAAAAAAAUGUUUUUUUGAGGGGGCGGGGCGUGGGCAGCAGCAAUUUUCRUUAAUACAGGCCUGUCAUGGCUUGAGUUCGAAAUAAACUAAGUAUGUGAGAACAUUUUUAAUUUAAAAUUGAAUAAUUGAAUAUUUAAUCACUAUUAUUAUUUUUAUUUAUCUAGCUAAUAAAGUGAACUAAUUUAAGCAAAUUUUACAUAUUAUACAGAACAUACAAUUGCAACCAAAUGAUUUUAAUAGACAUCUAUGUUAAAUUAUAAAGUGAUAAAAAUAGUUGUCCAAUAUUUUAUGAAAGGGUGAAACAAAAUUUCAUUAUAAUGGAUAACCCUGAUAAA